AUUUAAAGAAAAAAUUAGCAAUGUAUUAGUGAGUAAUGUCAAUAUUCAAAAUAUCCAGUUGUCCCAAUAACAUCCCUUUAUAAUUCUGUCCCUUUGUGGCUCAGCUCAUGUUGGCAACUAGACAAUUUUAUAUUGCAUAUGUGCAAUAUGUAGCUUUCACUGAAUUCUUUUUCUUUCUCUCAAGGCACAUUUCAUGUAGGCUAGCCCCCAAGGUACUAUGAAAGUGGAGGUGGGUCUUGAACUCCUGAUUUUACCCUCUCUCUCUCCCAAGCGCUGCGAUCACAGGCAUGUACUGCCAUGCCUGGUUGUACUUUGUGUUUCUGGUAGACUGCAUUAUUUGGAAGACUCAUAGCUUUGGCUUGCAGGUGGAUCACAGUCACUUGUGCUCUAUUUGUUCACCGUGGAUGGGGUGAGGCGACCUGGUGGAACUUGCAAAAUGGGGGUACAAGCAGCAGGAUGUGAUAGAGCAGAGGUGAAAUAAAUAAAUCAUUUAAAGCGCUUCUAUCACUAGACGUGUAGUCACAGUAAAAAGUGCUGGCUAUGACUCUAUGUUUCCUCCCCCAUGCAUUUUUUUCCAGCCCUCUUUAAAGGCCUGUCAAAGGCCUGUGGAGGUAUCACCACGGUUGCUUGUGUGUGCAUAUCCCAACUCAAGAGCCUUAUCUGAGUCCCCACACAGCCCUGUUCCCUGACUGUCAGGCCUUGUGCUGGCUGAUACCUCCAAUCUCCCUGGAGGCAGGUGGCUGUGUUGCAGAGCUGGGGUGGCAACAGCCCUCUGUGAGUCAGGCUCCUCCCUGCCCCCAAGGACUGCUGAGAGACUAAACGCCCUCAUCUUUCUGUGAGCAGCUUCAGGCAGACAGAAAGGGAGGUGAGCCCCGGGCCAUGGGAACUGGUCCAGAGAGUAACUUCAGCAUCUCUGGAUGAUGCUGUGAACUCCUGGGCCUUCUUCUUCUGCUAUUUCUUCAUCUCUGCUGUUGGCAGGAGUGUGUCUGCUCCUGGGAGAGCAAGACAAGGGACCGCUGGUUCCAGAGAUGCAACUGGGCCCCUUGUCCAAGUGUGUGUGACUAUGUCUGUGCCCAGGCACGGUUUGCGUGUGGAGUGUACUCUUCCCACCACACAGAGAUGGUGACUUACGGGAAGCAGAAGGACAAGUAGGAUUGACAUGGCCUCAGCUCCUUCCGUGACUAGCCUUGCAGAUGAGGUCAACUGCCCCAUCUGCCAGGGCACCCUAAGGGAGCCAGUCACCAUUGACUGUGGCCACAACUUCUGUCGAGGCUGCCUCACUCGCUACUGUGAGAUCCCGGUCCCAGAAUCGGAGGAGUCCCUCAGCUGCCCACUCUGCAAAGAGCCUUUCCGCCCAGGGAGCUUUCGGCCCAACUGGCAGCUAGCCAGUGUGGUAGAGAACAUCGAACGCCUUCAGCUGGCAUCCACUCGAGGCCCGGAGGUGGAGGAUGCCUGUCCCGAACACGGGGAGAAAGUCUACUUCUUCUGCGAGGAGGAUGAGGCACAGCUGUGUGUGGUGUGCCGUGAGGCUGGACAGCAUAGGACUCACACUGUGCGCUUCCUGGAGGAUGCAGCAGGUCCCUACAGGGAACAAAUACAGAAGUGUCUUAUGUGUCUAAGGAAAGAGAGAGAGGAGAUUCAAGAAAUCCAAUCAAGAGAAAACAAAAGAAUACAGGUGCUCCUGACUCAGGUGGCCACCAAGAGACAGCAGGUGAUUUCCCAGUUUGCACAUCUGAGCCACUUCCUAGAGGAACAACAGAGUGUCCUUUUAGCACAGCUGGAGAGGCUAGAUGGGGACAUCCUGAAGCAACAAGAAGAGUUUGAUUCCCUGGCCACAGGGGAGAUCUGCCGGUUCAGCGCCCUGAUCGAGGAGCUGGAGGAGAAGAACACUCGGCCGGCAAGGGGGCUACUGACGGAUAUCAGAAGCACUCUAAUAAGAUGUGAAACUAGAAAGUGCCGGAAACCUGAGGCUAUAUCUCCAGAGCUGGGCCAGAGGAUCCGGGACUUCCCCCAACAGGCCAUCCCUCUGCAGCAGGAGAUGAAGACAUUUCUGGAAAAACUCUGCUUUGAGUUGGACUAUGAGCCAGCCCAUGUUGCUCUAGACCCCCAGACUUCCCACCCCAAGCUCCUCCUGUCCGACGAUCACCGGAGGGCUCGGUUCUCGUACAAAUGGCAGAACUCACCGGACAGUCCGCAGCGUUUCGAUCGGGCCACCUGUGUCCUGGCCCAGCGUGGCUUUACAGGAGGGAGGCACACGUGGGUGGUGAGUGUGGACUUGGCCCACGGAGGCAGCUGCACUGUAGGGGUGGUGAGGGAGAACGUGCGGCGGAAAGGAGAGCUGCGGCUGAGACCGGAGGAAGGAAUCUGGGCCGUGAGACUGGCGUGGGGCUUUGUCUCUGCCCUGGGCUCCUUCCCCACAAGGCUGGCCCUAGAGGAGCAGCCCCGGAAGGUGCAGGUAUCGCUUGACUAUGAGGUAGGCUGGGUGACCUUUGCCAAUGCUGUCACCCAGGAACAUAUCUACACCUUCACCGCCUCCUUCACUCGGGAGAUCUUUCCCUUGUUUGGACUCUGGGGCAGAGGGUCCAGUUUUUCCCUGAGCUGUCCAGAAGGCGCAGUUUCCCUCCUCUGAGUACAAGACUGGAACCAAGCACCCUGGGGAGCUGACCCUUGGCUGGGUCGCCAGGCACAAAAAUGACUGUCUUAGACAAUAGGGAUGGCAUGUGUCAGUAAGGGACAAGGUGCUAGGACCGCUAGUCUCUUCACUGCCCAGCUCCUUCCCCAGUGCCCAUCAGAUGGUCAGGGUAUCUAGGACGCGCUGCUGCUGUUCCCACCAUUGCCAUUAAUGUCUAUGGAUGUACAAAUAGUGCUGGCUUGUAUGCCUGAAGACCUGGAUUCCAGAAGUCCCGUCAUCAACCAGUUGCGUGAUUUCAAGCAAAACACUUCACCUCUUCAUUUUGUUUUCUUCCAAAAACAUUAAUUUAUUCAUAUCUUCAAGAAAAAUUCUGGAGGAGACGAUAUGACCAAAAUACAUGAAUGAAAUUCUGAAAGAAUAGAUAGAGUAUUAUUUGAAAAGGAUGUGGCAUACACCUGACAUGGCGUCUCACCACGGCUCCUCACAUGACUUUCAGGACCAGUGUGUGCCUUCGCUUCCGCCACCGUCACCAUCAGGCUAACCAACAUCAGCCAGUGGGCAGAGCUGCUGAAACCAGUAGAUGAGUGGUCCCAGCACCAAGUGGAGGUGGAUGAGCUGGGCAAAGUGCUGAUGCCCACCCACCUAGGCCAAGCACAUUUCAUGGGAUGGCCUUGACCCAGGGAAACUCGACACCUUAGUCCUCACAGACCCAGAGGGUCCCAGGAGGAAGGACCCCAAAUACAGGGAGUUUUCUGGUGGUCAAUAUGAAAGGCAAUGACAUCAGCAGUGGCAUGGUCCUUUCCGAUUAUGUGGGCUCUGGGCCCCACCAGUGACACUGGCCUCCGCUGCUACAUCUGGUUGGUGUACAAAACAGGAUAAGCCACGAGAGAGUGACAAACCCAUCUUCAGCAACAGGUCUGAAGAUCACAGUGGCAAGUUCAAGGUGGCAGUCUUCCACAGGAAGAACCCCCUGGGAGCCCCUGUGGCUGGCACGUCUUACCAAACAGAAUGGGAUGACUAGGUGCUGUACCAGCAGUUGUCUGGGAAGUGGGGGUUGUUAUGGAGGCCAGCGGUCCUGGAGACCCCUCACAACAUUGUCAAGUGGUGCAAAGCAUGCUAUUUCUCUCCUUCUUUCCUGCCUCCUCAUGGGGAGGGCAAAGGCCUAGUGUCAUCUCUAACAGGUUUAACAAGGAGAGGCUCUGAGUCCAGAACCAGGCACAGUGCAUCUUGAAGAUGUGUUUUUAGGGUCUUGUCCCCAGUGAGACCAGUGUGAGCAAAACUAACUGGGCUUUCUGGGUGUGUUAACCUUGUCUGUUCAAUGUCAAAUAAAAAUAAAAAGCAUUGAAUUCAAUUAAAAAAUAGGGACUUUCAGGAUCAAGUAAUUCUGGCAGAAACAAAAGCCAAAUUGUCUGUCUUCAUAGUUACUUUUCUAUUGCAAUGAUAAGACACAAUGGCCAAGGCAGUUUACAGAGAAAGAGUCUAUCUGGGGCUUACAGUUUCAGAGACUAUGACCAUCAUGGUAGAGAGCAUGGAGCAGGCAGACAGGUAUGGUGCUGGAGCAGUAGCUGAGAGAUUAUAUCUUGAUCCACAAGCAUGAGAUGGAGAUUAACUGGGAAUGG